AAAACUAGUACCUAAUUUCCAAGACUAAAUGGCUAAUAACUUGAUUCCAAAGACUGAAUAUAUAUAUAUGUAUGAUGAACUUGAUAAUCUUUGAAUUGAUAAAUCAGAUUGUCUCUUCGGUGAGUCAUGGAGAUGGAGAAGCAACAAGAGUUAGAGUGGCUUGAAGCGCAAAAGAUUGGGAUAAGUGUAGAUCUUGUGGCUGCAGCCAAACGCCAGCUUCAGUUUCUCGCUGCUGUUGAUAAGAACCGUUGCCUCUAUGAAGGCCCUGCCCUCCAGAGGGCCAUUUAUCGGUACAAUGCCUGUUGGCUUCCAUUGCUUGCCAAACACUCUGAAUCACAAAUUUCUGAAGGUUUUCUUGUUGUUCCUCUUGAUUGUGAAUGGAUUUGGCACUGUCACAGACUCAAUCCUGUAAGGUACAAAACUGAUUGUGAGGAGCUAUAUGGGAGGAUCCUUGACAACUUCAAUGUUGUAUCUUCCAUUCAAGGUAGUUGUAAGAAAGGAACUGAAGAAUUGUGGAAUAGGCUGUAUCCAGAUGAGCCCUAUGACUUGGACUUGACAAAAGCAUUCUUGGGGGAUUCCUCACCUGAACUUUCCAGACUUGAAAAGUACACAAAAUAUGAUCUAUUUUCAGCUGUCAGUAGACAGAGGCCUUUCUUUUAUCAGGUAUCCAGAUCCCAUGUGAAUAAUGAUAUCUUUCUUGAAGAAGCAGUGGCCAGAUAUAAGGGAUUUCUGUAUCUUAUUAAGAGAAACAAGGAGAGAUCAAUCAGACACUUUUGUGUUCCAACUUAUGACAUUGAUCUUAUUUGGCAUACGCACCAGUUGCAUCCUGUUUCGUACUGUAUGGAUGUGAGUGCAGUGCUUGGCAAGGUAUUGGAGCAUGAUGACAUGGACCAAGAUAGAACUAAAGGGAAGAAGCUUGAUACUGGGUUUUCUGGAACUACUAAGCAGUGGGAAGAGACAUAUGGUUUAACGUAUUGGAAAGCGGGGGCAAUGUAUAGAGGUGUUGCCCCUUCUGCACUCACAACAGUUCCCUUCUCAUCUAACACUGUCAACAUGGAGGUAAUUCCAUCAAAAGCGUACAAGAAGAUAAUCAAUCUUCCAGAGGUGAAGGUCAUGGAGGUCCUUCUGGAGAUUGUUGCGGUCAAAAACUUACCCGAGGGUCACAAGGGAAGCCUUUUUGUUUUGUUUAGCAAAUCACAGCCUGAUGCUUUCUUUAAUGUCAAGCGGAAACUCACUAUUUUGUCUCAGUCUGGGGUGAAACAAGUUGCUUCUUUCCAGUGUGAACCUACAGGAGAACUUUUGUUCGAACUUGCAUCACAUUCAACUUCUAAGUUACCUGUAGUAGGGGCAUCAAAAACUAUGGGUACUACUUCACUCUCUCUGCAAAACUUCCUGGAUCCAGUAUCUAAACUUGGAGUGGAGAAAUGGUUUGACCUAAUGCCCAGUUCUGGAACCAUGAGCUCAAAGCCAGUCAGUCUGCGUAUUUCUGUCUCAUUCACUCUCCCAACCCUGGCACCUCAUGUGCUUCACAUGGUUCGUUCCAGGCCAUUAUCGAAGAGUUCUUGCUUUUUCCCUAUUACUGGAAGGGUUCAGCAUCCAAAGAGCUGGGCCUGUGUCAUUGAUGAGACUAACUCUGAGGUGAUCAGACUUCAUAUGAGGGACACCAAGAUCGAGAAGGCAAAAGAUAGCUGCACUGGAAGAAAGCAAGUCAUCAGCAUCACAGAGUCAGGGGAAACACAUACUCUUGCAGAGAUGGUUGAGAAUGGGUGGUCUUUUAUGGAUUCUCUCAGCUGUCUUCAGCUUAAAAAGAAAUCCAGUGAAGAAUAUCAUCAUAUCCUUGAGCUCAGAGGCAGGAGAAUGAUAAAAUUUUUCCAGGGUAGAAAGCUGGACUAUGAACCUAAAUAUUCUGAGAAGAAGAGAACUGAAGAAGAUUUUUUGACUGCAGUUGAAUUUUCUGCGGAAGAUCCAUAUGGCAAAGCAAUUGCAUUGCUUGAGCUGAAAACUGGAGUCAUCAAGGUAAAGGAAGAAUGGUUUGUGUUGCCUGCAAUCAUAUCAGCUUUUAUACUUUAUAAUACUCUGAAGAAGAGAGGAUUUGAUGAUUUCCUAACUAAUAAUGAAAAUUUGGUGGUGAAUUGUGAAACUGAGUGUGUCAAUGGUCUCCAUGAGGGUGUGCAAACCAACAUGACAACGUCUGUUGAAACUGAAGCAAAGUUAAACAUGGAUGAGGCUAAUAAUGAGCAUACUGGUGGAUGUGGUGGAGGGUGUGGAAGCAUGGUGAACAGUAGUGGCUGUGGAGGUGGCUGUGGCAGCGGCUGUGGAGGUGGUUGUGGUGGGGAAUACGGAAACAUGAAGAAGAGUAGUGGCUGUGGCAGCGGCUGUGGAGGUGAUUGUGGUGGGGAAUACGGAAACAUGAAGAAGAGUAGUGGCUGUGGCAGCGGCUGUGGAGGUGAUUGUGGUGGGGAAUACGGAAACAUGAAGAAGAGUAGUGGCUGUGGCAGCGGCUGUGGAGGUGGUUGUGGUGGGGAAUACGGAAACAUGAAGAAGAGUAGUGGCUGUGGCAGCGGCUGUGGAGGUGAUUGUGGUGGAGAAUACGGAAACAUGAAGAAGAGUAGUGGCUGUGGCAGCGGCUGUGGAGGUGAUUGUGGUGGGGAAUACGGAAACAUGAAGAAGAGUAGUGGCUGUGGCAGCGGCUGUGGAGGUGAUUGUGGUGGGGAAUACGGAAACAUGAAGAAGAGUAGUGGCUGUGGCAGCGGCUGUGGAGGUGGUUGUGGUGGGGAAUACGGAAACAUGAAGAAGAGUAGUGGCUGUGGCAGCGGCUGUGGAGGUGAUUGUGGUGGAGAAUACGGAAACAUGAAGAAGAGUAGUGGCUGUGGCAGCGGCUGUGGAGGUGAUUGUGGUGGGGAAUACGGAAACAUGAAGAAGAGUAGUGGCUGUGGCAGCGGCUGUGGAGGUGGUUGUGGUGGGGAAUACGGAAACAUGAAGAAGAGUAGUGGCUGUGGAGGUGGUUGUGGUGGGGGCUGUGGAAACAUGAUGAAGAGUGGAGAUGGAGAUGAACAGCUAAACAACACACCUAUCUACACAAAUGAGGCAGUAGCUGCUUGAUCUCUAUUCAUAUUGGGAAGCCUGCAAGAAGUAAAGACAUCUUAACAGAACCCAUCAAGGCUCGUGUUAGUUAUUUAUCCAGUUCUUAUCCAGCCGAAUUUAAGAUUUAAUCAAAUAAAUGAAUUCUGUUUCUCAACUGCGGUGUGAAAUGAAUGACGAAUUUCGGUUAAUAAGUUAGUACAUCCAUUCUAUUCUUCA